UUGUCGUCAACAUUUUAAAACACUAUGUAUAUAAAGAAUUAAGUAUUAAAACUUAACAAUGACGUUUACAGGUAUAUUCCGCAGGAACGUAGUCCCACAUUUUAAAAAACAUGUACUUUUUAAAGGUGUCAUUACUCGAUUCUCUUCAACCGGUAUAAAUUUAUUUUCGAAUGACGAAGUUACACAGACAAUAAAAAAGGAUAUAGAGAAACACUGGAGGGAUAAAAUUAAUUUGCAUAAGUACAAUGAAACGGAUGAUAAAAAGGAAAAAUUUUAUGCAUUGUCAAUGUUUCCAUAUCCUUCUGGACUGUUACACAUGGGUCAUGUAAGAGUUUAUACGAUAAGUGAUACUGUUGCUCGCUUUUAUAGAAUGAAAGGAUACAAUGUUCUUCAUCCAAUGGGUUGGGAUGCGUUUGGUUUGCCUGCAGAGAAUGCAGCAUUUGAGAAACAAGUAGAUCCUGCUCAAUGGACAAAUGAUAACAUUAAUAAAAUGAAAAAUCAAUUGAAUUUAUUAAAUUAUGGGUUUGAUUGGGACAGAGAAUUUGCAACAUGCAAUCCAGAAUAUUAUAAAUGGACUCAGGAGUUAUUCUUGAAACUCUUCGAAAGGGGUUUAGCUUAUCAGAAAGAGGCAUUUGUCAAUUGGGAUCCCAUUGAUCAAACUGUAUUGGCAGAAGAACAAGUCGAUGCCGAUAAUUGCUCUUGGAGAUCAGGGGCCAAAGUGGAGAAAAGAUUAUUGAAUCAGUGGUUUAUUAGAACCUCAGCAUUUGCUAAGUUAUUGAUUGAAGGUUUAAACGACCCAAUAUUAAAAGAAUGGAGAGAUAUUAUAAAAAUACAACAGCACUGGAUUGGUGAAUGCAGUGGAGUUAGUUUUGAAUUACAGUUGAUAUCAAAUAUUCCGAAUUUUCCAAAGUCAAUAAAUGUCUGGACAGAUAAUCCAGAAUUUAUUGAAUAUGCAAAGUUUAUUGCAAUAUCCCCAAGCAACUUAUUAAAUAGAUCGGAGUACUGUUCACGUAUAAAUGAUGGAAUUAAAAUAAUGGAUGCUAAAGUUAUAAAUCCAUUCAAUGGAAAAGAGCUACCAGUGUUUGUAACAGAUCAAGUUGAAUUUCAACCUUUCCGAGAAACUUAUCUAGGGAUACCUUCUGCUUCAAUGAAUGAUUACCAAUUUUCUGAAAUAGUUAGAAUUGAAUUUCAACGACAUUCAAUAAGAAGUUAUGAAGAACAACAACAAAAAAUAUUAGAAGUAACAUCAAAAGCUAAAAAAUGGAAGAUUGGUGGAUAUCCAGUUAGUCCAAGGCUUCAAGAUUGGUUAAUAUCUAGGCAAAGGUAUUGGGGUACACCAAUCCCAAUUAUUCAUUGUUCAAAUUGUGGUGCUCAGCCAGUGCCACGUGAUCAACUUCCUGUUACUUUACCAAAAAUAACAUUUUCGUUUUCAAAUAAGAAGCCUACUUUAUUGGACGCUAAAGAUUGGCUGAACACUACUUGCCCUAAAUGUGGAGGGCAGGCAACCAGAGAAUCGGAUACAAUGGAUACUUUUGUGGAUAGUUCAUGGUACUUUUUGAGAUACAUUGAUCCAAAAAAUACAAAAGAAAUGUUUGACAUUGAUAAAGUAAAAAAAGUAUUUCCCGUUGACCUUUAUGUGGGUGGAAAAGAACACGCUGUAUUGCAUUUAUAUUAUGCAAGAUUCAUGAGUUACUUUUUGUAUUCGGAAGGACUGAUACCCAGUGCUGAACCAUUUAAACAAUUACUUGUUCAGGGUAUGGUAAUGGGUAAAACGUACCAACAGAAGAGUACACAAAAAUAUUUAAAGGCAGACGAAGUAGAAGAAAAAGGAGGAGAAUGGGUAGAGAAAAAUACCAAUGAACCUGUAAUUGUUUCAUGGGAUAAAAUGUCAAAAUCCAAGCAUAAUGGCAUUGAUCCCCUUGAACUAUUAGAUAAAUAUGGAAUUGAUACAACUAGAUUGUUGAUAUUAGCUGAUGUAGCACCAACUUCAAAUAGAAAUUGGAGCGAUGAGACCAUUCCUGGGAUAAUUAAUUGGCAAAAUCGUUUAUGGAGAAUUAUGAAAAGUUUUAUAAACUGUCGAAAUAAUAUAAGUCUAGAAGAACUUCAAGCUAAACCUACCGACCCGAAAUUUGAAGACGAUGAUGCGUACAUGUUUGACAGUCGAAAUUAUUUCUUAAAAACUGUAACAUUUAAUAUAACUGGUUCUCAACAGUUGAGUGUUGCAAUAUCAAGAAUGCAAGGACUUACAAAUAGUUUACAUAAGGUGUGUUCAGAGUGUAUGCAAAAAAGUCGCGAAUUUGAGCGUGCAUUAGCAGUUCAGAUCAUAAUGCUCGCACCAGUAGCACCACAUUUUGCCUCUGAAUUAUGGGCAGCAUUUUGCUCCAUUGAACAUCAUCUUAUAAAUGAAUCUGAAGUAAAAUUGGAUAAAGAUGUAAUGGAACAAGAUUGGCCGGACAUAGAUAUGGAUUACAGGAUGGUAAUAACUUUGACUGUAAACAAUAAACUCGUUAAAAAGAUCAAAGUACCCAGAUACAAACUAGACCAACUAUCAGCCGAGGAUGCUCUUGACUUAGUAGUGAAUGAUCCAGAUGUUCAACGAUGCUUGAAGAACAAAAAGGUCGCUCAGACUAAUUUUCUUUCAAAGGCAGGCUGUGAUGCAAAAAUGAUGAUUGUUACAGAAAAGAAAAAGGAGACAGUAGCAACAUAA